CACAUAUCUACCUACUAGUCAAUCUCGUACGCUACUCUCCUGGAACAACAACCACAACAGAUAUACAGAAUGUUCUCUAGCUAGCGCUGUAACACCACCACCACCAGCCACAUCAGCUCAAUCGCAAAACCUGUACGACAUGCGCUAGCGACUUCCUCGGCAACCCGCACUAGCUAGCCAAAUUCAAGCUGCACCGGCACGAUGCCUCCUCGCCCGCGCAGAUCUAAUCGCGCCCCCGGCGCCAGAACAAAAUACAUCGAUGACCCUUUCGAGGCUGCCGGGGUGCUCAGCGACGAAGAUGAAGACCCCUCUGUAGUCGCGACGCGCAAAAAGGGCAAGGGGAAGGCCAAACAGCCCGUCUAUGACGACACCUCGGACGAGGAUUUCAAUAUGGGAAACGGCAAUGAAGAUGAAGAGGAAGAGGACGAUGAUGAGUACCAAGACAACGACGUGGAGAUGGUUGAAGACGAUAACGAUGCAGGAGAAGAAGAUGAAGAAGAAGGCGACGAUGACGACGACGACGCUGCCUCCGUCUCACAAGCCAACGAGGCCCCUCGGCGUCGGCGCAAGCCUGCUGCCACCUCCACGCCGAGGGUUCCUAAGCAGAGACGUCCGGAUGGGACUAUCGCGCUGGCGGGUGAUGAGACGCACUCCCGCGGAUCGUGGAACCCGCUCGAACAUGUCGGGAAAGCCGUCCACCUGCGGGUUACCUUUGGGACGGACGAUAGGGACCUUUUCUCUGUUCUGAGUGCAAGGGAUCAAUGGUGCAGGGGUUUGGAUUCUACGUUUCCGACGCGGGCGACGUUGGAUGAGGCGCCGAGUGUGAAUGAUUAUGGGUACGGGAGGAGCUUUGGGCUGGAGUCGGAUGAAUUGCCGCGGGAGAGUACUCGUGGGUGGGAUUGGUAUUAUGAUGAGGAUCUGGGGGCAAGGUUCAGGAAGUCGCAGCGGAUGAAGAAGAUCAAAGAGAAGGACGCUCGUCGCGUUUAUUUCCCCCGUCCCCGGGGGGAACAUACCGUGCUUGUAGGGCCACUUGAGGGUCAGAAGGUGUUUUCGCUGGGGAGGCAUGAUGUGGUUGAUUUUGGGGAGGCAUGGGGCGAGGUCCCGUCCAAACCUGUGAAACAGGAGAGUAAGGGCAAGGCGGGAUCGGGUGGCGAACGAAAAAAGAAGAAGCGAGAAGGUUGGAUUCUGAAUCUGGGACAGAAAAUCCAGUGUUUGGCCUGGGUGCCGAAUCAAGGCGGCCUCACGCAGUAUCUGUCGGCGGUGGCUCCGAUACUACCAGACCAAAAGGAAGAGUAUCCCGACCCGUUGAAGGACCAGGCCGCUCCAGCGUUCCGGCCAUCAGCGCCUUAUCCAUGUGUGCUGCAGCUUUGGGCGUUCAAGGCCCAGGAGGCCGAGUCUCUGACACGGACAAUCGAUAUGACCUUCAAGCCCCGACUACGCCUCGCUGUGUGUACGGAAUGGGGCGACCUGAGGCGGAUGGCCUGGUGCCCGAUGCCUCGAGCGCCGCGGGAUGAAGAUGACGAGGGCGCGCAGAAGAACGUCGGGCUUCUGGCUGGUAUAUGGGGAGAUGGCCGCGUGCGAGUGAUCGAUAUCAAACUGGGUCGUGAUCCAAAGCAGACGGAAUUCUACAAACUACAAUCUCCUGUGUUUGAAGCGAAGGCACCAUCGACCGUAUGCACAUGUCUAACAUGGCUUUCCCCGAGCGAUCUUGCUGUUGGCUGUGCCAACGGGUUCGUUGCCAUCUGGAGCAUCCUACCAUCGCAGGCAUCGCCCUCAAACCCCCUUCCCUACUUCUACCAGCAACUCCAUUCGACGUGGGUCCUCAGCAUCGCCUCCGCCUACCCUACCAACCCUCACAUCAUAUGCACCACGUCCAUGGAUGGAGACACCCGGCUGACAUCCAUCGUCGACCCUCACAAAGACAUGGUCAACACCAACCGCAUGCGCGUGGGCUCCGCGCAUCUAACGUACUCCCCCAUGCUGCACUGCUUCAUCUCGAGCGACGAGAACGACUUUGCGCGUCUCCUCGCCGUCCGACGCUUCUUCACGUCGACCGCGAUAGCCCGGCUCCCGAGCAUGAUCUCCGCCGUGGGGCCGUGCAGCUCCUGGCACCCGAGCGUCCUGUUCGGCUGCACCGAGGGCACCGUUCAGGCGACGAGUCCCCUCCGCCGCAUGCUGCACGCCAAGGAGAAGCAAUGGCAACAGACCUGGUUCCAGCACGAAUGGGUGCGCGGCCCGGACGCCAACAGCUCGGGAACCAGUCGGUUCCACGACGGACACCGCGCCGAGAGCACCAGCCUGCUGCGCAACCUGGUCGGCGAUCCCAAGCUGGUCAAUGGCGCCGCGGUGAUCACCGUCUUCGAGGAGGGAACCCACGUCACGGCGCUUUCGUGGAACCCCAACCAGUCGUGCGCGGGGUGGGCGGCGGCGGGCAUGGGAUGCGGCCUGGUCCGGGUCGAGGAUCUGGCUUUGUCUUAG